AUGCAGUCGUUUUUGGGAAGUCUGAACUAUUAUAGCCGAUUUAUCGAAGACUAUGCGAUCUACGCGUCGGUCUUGUACGAAUUGCGAGAAAUUGACUUCGCCGCGAUGGCGAAGGAGGCGACCCAAGAGCGGAUCCGACAAGUACUGGAAGCGGAAGGCACGGAUCCAGGGUCACGGGAGGAUUUGAACGUCGACCACCAAGGGACCUUGGAUCUGGAGGCGUCCGACCCCAACUGGGUGGAUCCACGUUGGAUUCACGCCCAUCGGUCCUUCAACGUGCUCAAGACCAGGAUUGCUACAACCCCGAUCUUACGACACUUCGAUCCAGAUCGGAAGGCCACGGUGGUGGUAUACGCUAGCGACUGGGCCAUCUCAGGAGCUUUGAUGCAAGAAUACGACCAGAUCUACUGCCCCGUGACGUUCGCGAGUCGUACGCUGAAGUCGAAUGAGUUAAACUAUGGGAUCGCGGAGAAGGAAGUGUUAGCCCUUCUGAGGAUCCUAGAUCUAAACUACAAUACGCUG